AUGGACACGUGCCUCAUGAACCCAUGCCUCAUGGACCCAUGCCGCAUGGACCCAUGCCUCAUGGACCCAUGCCGCAUGGACACAUGCCUCAUGGACUCAUGCCUCAUGGACUCAUGCCUCAUGGACACAUGCCUCCUCAUGGAUUCAUGCCUCAUGGACUCAUGCCUCAUGGACCCAUGCCUCAUGGACCCAUGCCUCAUGGACACAUGCCUCAUGGACACAUGCCUCAUGGACUCAUGCCUCAUGAACACAUGCCUCAACGACCCAUGCCUCAUGGACACAUGCCUCAUGGACCCAUGCCUCAUGGACUCAUGCCUCAUAGACACAUGCCUCAUGGACUCAUGCCUCAUUGACACAUGCCUCAUGGACUCAUGCCUCAUGGACCCAUGCCUCAUGGACUCAUGCGUCAUGGGCUCAUGCCUCAUGGACUCAUGCCUCAUGGACUCAUGCCUCAUGGACUCAUGCCCUAUACCCAUGCCUCAUGGACCCAUGCCUCAUGGACUCAUGCCUCAUGGACCCAUACCUCAUGGACUCAUGCCUCAUAGACUCAUGCCUCAUGGACUCAUGCCUCAUGGACCCAUGCCUCAUGGACCCAUGCCUCAUGUACUCAUGCCUCACGGACUCAUGCCUCACGGACUCAUGCCUCAUGGACUCAUGCCUCAUGGACUCAUGCCUCAUGGACUCAUGCCUCAUGGACUCAUGCCUCAUGGACUCAUGCCUCAUGGACUCAUGCCUCAUGAACACAUGCCUCAUGAACACAUGCCUCAUGGACACAUGCCUCAUGGACCCAUGCCUCAUGGACUCAUGCCUCAUGGACUCGUGUCUCAUGAACCCAUGCCUCAUGGACCCAUGCCGCAUGGACCCAUGGCUCAUGGACCCAUGCCGCAUGGACACAUGCCUCAUGGACUCAUGCCUCAUGGACUCAUGCAUCAUGGACACAUGCCUCAUGGACACAUGCCUCAUGGACACAUGCUUCAUGGACUCAUGCCUCAUGGACACAUGCCUCAUGGACCCAUGCCUCAUAGAGACAUGACUCAUGGACACAUGCCUCAUGGACUCAUGCCUCAUGGACACAUGCCUCAUGAACCCAUGCCUCAUGGACUCAUGCCUCAUGGACUCAUGCCUCAUGGACUCAUGCCUCAUGGACCCAUGCCUCAUGGACUCAUGCCUCAUGGACUCAUGCCUCAUGGACUCAUGCCUCAUGGACCCAUGCCUCAUGGACUCAUGCCUCAUGGACUCAUGCCUCAUGGACCCAUGCCGCAUGGACACAUGCCUCAUGGACUCAUGCCUCAUGGACUCAUGCAUCAUGGACACAUGCCUCAUGGACACAUGCCUCAUGGACACAUGCUUCAUGGACUCAUGCCUCAUGGACACAUGCCUCAUGGACCCAUGCCUCAUAGACACAUGACUCAUGGACACAUGCCUCAUGGACUCAUGCCUCAUGGACACAUGCCUCAUGAACCCAUGCCUCAUGGACUCAUGCCUCAUGGACUCAUGCCUCAUGGACUCAUGCCUCAUGGACCCAUGCCUCAUGGACUCAUGCCUCAUGGACUCAUGCCUCAUGGACUCAUGCCUCAUGGACUCAUGCCUCAUGUCAUGAACUCAUGGCUCAUGGACCCAUGCUUCAUGGACUCAUGCCUCAUGGACUCAUGCCUCAUGGACUCAUGCCUCAUGGACUCAUGCCUCAUGGACUCAUGCCUCAUGGACACAUGCCGCAUGGACACAUGCCUCAUGAACUCAUGCCUCAUGGACCCAUGCCUCAUGGACCCAUGCCUCAUGGACUCAUGCCUCACGGACUCAUGCCUCACGGACUCAUGCCUCAUGGACUCAUGCCUCAUGGACUCAUGCUUCAUGGACUCAUGCCUCAUGGACUCAUGCCUCAUGGACUUAUGCCUCAUGGACUCAUGCCUCAUGAACACAUGCCUCAUGAACACAUGCCUCAUGGACACAUGCCUCAUGGACCCAUGCCUCAUGGACUCAUGCCUCAUGGACUCGUGUCUCAUGAACCCAUGCCUCAUGGACCCAUGCCGCAUGGACCCAUGCCUCAUGGACCCAUGCCGCAUGGACACAUGCCUCAUGGACUCAUGCCUCAUGGACUCAUGCAUCAUGGACACAUGCCUCAUGGACACAUGCCUCAUGGACACAUGCCUCAUGGACUCAUGCCUCAUGGACACAUGCCUCAUGGACCCAUGCCUCAUAGACACAUGA